GGGGGGAACCGCCGAGGCGGGUAAGCCGCCGCCGCCUCGGCGGCGGCACCACCGAGCUUUCAGCCGGCCAGCAGUUCCGGCAGCGCGGCAUGCCGGGCCGGGCCCCGCCGCCGCCGCUGCUGCUGCUCUUCGCUGCCGCCGCCGCCGCCGCUGCGCCGCGGGGCGGCCCUGCCCGCGAGUCGCCGGCCGAGCCUCUCCCGCCUGGCCGGCCGCGCCGCUCACAUGCUGCGGCGCCGACUCCCGCUACCCCUCGGCCUCCCCCUCCUCCUCCUCCUCCUUCUCCUCCUCCUCCUCCUCCGCCGCCGCCGCCGGUACCGGGCGCCGCCCGCGGGAGCAGAGGGCUCGGCGCCCCCCCGGGCACCGCCGAGCUCGCCCCGCAACCCCGCGGGCUAUCCCCUCCCCGCUCCCUUCCCCUCCCGGUACUACCGGGCUCGCUCCCGGGACCUCCGGUGCUCGCCGACACCGAGCGCCUGCCGAGCCCCGGCGGUCGCUCCGGGACCCCCCGGCGCCGCUCCGCCUAGCCCCGACCCGCGCUCCGGCCGGCUCUCAUGCUGCCCGGACCGGGAUACCGCUGCCCUCCGUUCCCCCCCGGGGGAAACCCUCCGCGCCCCGACCGCCGGCGAGGAAGAGGAGGAAGAACGGAGCGAAGCUUUCCCGAGGUGCAAGUCCCGGCUGCGGCGGCCAGCCCCGCCGCUCGGCGCCAGCCGCGCUCGGGAGGCGGAGGGAGGGAUGCUCGGCCCCGAUCGCGCCGUUCCUUCGCUGGAGGAGCCCCCUCCUUCCCCGGUCCCGUGUCCCGUCCCCCCCCCCUCGAUUUAUCCCCCGGGAUAGAGCAGGGGGGAGCGCGGCCCUGCUCGCUGCUCCCGGGACCGCCGCUGCCGCCGGCCUCGGCCGGGGUUUGGGGAGCUCUCCCUUCCUCCCUCCCUCCCUCCUUCCUUCCUUCCCUUCCUCCCUCCCUCCCUCUCUCCCUCUCCCUCCUCCAGCCGGAGUUUGUUUUUCUGCUUUUCAGCAUCCCCGGGGGAAAACAUGAUAUCACAGACACAAGCAAAGCCUCCAGAAAUACAGGCAAGGUAUUUGAAGACUCUUCUGGGAGCCAGGCUUGUUGCUGAUGUGCUGGAAACAGUCCUAUUGGAAGAGCAGCUCUGU